CACACACACACACACACACACACACACACACACACACACACACACAGUUAUGUACACAGGGAUAUAUUCAUACUGCAUGGCUGUCAUUCACAGUCCAGACAGUGUUCCUACGGUCUGCAGAAUCCCUCCCCAUCUAGAAGAAACAUCAGAAGUACUGUAGCUCUCGUGUUGAAUUAAGAACACACUUAAGCAGAACAAGUGCUGGUCUCUAGCAUACUUGUUAUUAUUCACUGAUUAUUAACAUGUACACACACAUACAGUUACACAGUAAUACAUUCAUACACACAGUUAUACAGUAAUAUAUAAACAUAAUAGAUGGAGAUAUUUAUUUGAGUGGUUUAUUUCUUUUAAAUGCUCUAAAAAGGUCACCUACCAAAUCUAUGGGCCCGUUGGCUGUGUCACCGUCAGCAGUUACCAGGGACCGUCCUGCCGUCGCCUCUACCCACCACGGGACCUCCACCCUCUCCGGCUACCCACCACGGGACCACCACCGUCACCGUCAGCAGACGAUUGAUCUGGACUCAAGCUGUAGGCCUACCAGUCAGAUGAGUCACUCAGUGGAGGAGGAGGACUUUGCGGAUAUCAGGGCCUACUUUUCCACAACAAAAUGGAACCGCCUCUGUAUGGCAGAGAAAAAAAGAUUCCUGCAGAUCAAGGAAAACCAUUUGGUUAUGUCGUCUCUUGGCCUGUCCUUUGUGGCUCCAGCCUUCAUGAGGAGAGAGAAGCCCGGCCAGGUGAGAGUCUGCUCACCUGAAGAGACAGACUCUGAGGAGGAGCAGCUCUGGACCUCUGGAUUGACCGGUAGCUGGUGUGUGUUUUCCAGUCCAGUUUGUUAUCCAGCCAGACCCCGAGGUGCUCGAGUGUGGAAGCCACCAACAGUCAGACAGGGGUCUCUACAACAGCCCAGUACGUCAGAUGCAGUUUCUGUACAGAGUCUCUCAGGGCGGGGCUGGAGUGACCAGGAGGUCUCUGGAGGGCCCACUCCUUCUCAUCCAGAGAUCGACCCCCCCGGAGGAGGAGUAGAGAGGGGCUCUGCAGUCCAGGAGGAGGUCUCAUUGGUCUGUGAUGAGUGUAGGACUUUCUUCCUCGAAGAGUGCGCGGUCCACGGUCCUAUCGUCUUCAUGGCUGAUCGCCCCGUUGCUGUCAGAGAGAAAGACAGAGCCAAGAAGACGCUGCCCGCUGGGUUUGAGAUCAGAGAUUCUGGGAUCCCUGGGGCCGGUCUAGGGGUGUUUUACUGUGGAGACGGUGGCCUUCCCAUUGGAACACACUUUGGACCCUACGAAGGACACAGGACCGAUGAAGAGGGAACCCUGGAGAGUGGAUACUCCUGGGAGAUCUACAAGAGCAGACACAAUGAUUACAUUGAUGCAAAGAGAGAGACACUUUCUAACUGGAUGAGGUACGUCAAUUGUGCUCGUAAUGAAGAGGAACAGAACCUAAUAUCGUUUCAGCACAAAGGAGGGAUUCUGUAUCGCUCCUGUGGCCUCGUGACUUCAGGAGCAGAGCUCUUGGUCUGGUAUGGGGACGAAUACGCCAGACAUCUGGGAAUCGGAUUUGAUCGACUGUGGAACAACAAGAGCUCUACUAAGGGGGAGCUGUCUCUGUUGGUCGUGCCGGGCUGA